CAAAAAUAUGAGCAAUCACCCUGCCUCUUAAAGACCUCCUCAACCAGUUUAAAAUGCCCCUCAUUAGCCAGUUGCAUAUUCGCCACCAAGAACAUAUGCUCCACCUGUGCAAUUCGCUAGUCCAUCAUACUACCCUGUUUAAUAAUCCGUUGUAGCUCCUGUCUAAUACGUUCCUUAACCAGUGGCAGUCCAACCCCUUGUAUAACCAGUGGCAGUGCAACCAGUUGCUGUCCAACCAGCUUAAUAAGUGAUAAAGGGUGAAAGCAGAAUUGAGUAAGAAUCAAAAUUCAAAUAUUUAUAGAUAUAUCCCUUAUGAGAAAUCUGUUAUUGAAUAUGAAGAGGUGAGACAAAGAAUCUAAGUGCCAAGAGAGAAAUACGUCACAGAAUAUUAAGCUGUGGAAUACUAGACAGAAUAUAUCCCUUAAGUAUUUUAUGAUAAGGUUACAGGUAUAAAUAUGAAAUAACAACAAUAGAAUAUGUUCCUGUGGAUAGAUAUCAAGAUAGAGUGGAAUAUUAUCCAGUUGAGAGAUAAGUGGUUCACUAGUAAUAAGUUGUUGCUCAACCCGUCGUUUAACCAGUUGUUUAAUCUGUUGUGCAAUAAGUUCCUUAAUACGUUUAACCUGUUCCAUAAUAUGUUGCUCCAGUUGCAUAACCAUAUGUUGCCUAAUCAUAUGUUCAACCCAGCUAUGUUCCAUCAAGAGUUGCCCCAGUUUACAAUCAUGCUCCUUAUUAAGGAAGACCUGUCAGUUAACCAAGAAGAUUUGUACUUACAUAUAAUUUAUGUCUUAGUCUCCACCAUCUAAGCCAGUAUAAAUUUAGAAAUAACCAUAAGAGAAAAAGAAGACAUUUUUAGAAAAUAUCUUUAGUUGAUAAGUUAUAU